AUGCCAAAGCGGAAAAGCUACGGUGAAACAGGAGAGAAGAGAGUAAGCAGGAGCCAAUUCAAGCUCGCAGACCCUUCUCAAGAGUCCUCCUCUGCCACUGCUAAACCGAAACAAGAGGUGGUUUCUGGGACAACAGCUGCUUAUCCAGCUUCCUCCUUCAAGAAUCUGAGCGAAGCUGAAAAAACACCCAACCAUUAUUCUUCCUUGAGAUUGACAGAGACAUUUCAAGAAGCAAAGAGUAUUAGUAUCCCGAAGCCAUGCAAAGCAGUUAAAUGA